AUGUCCUCCCCGUCUUCCUCCUCGACCCCCUCGCCCUACCCCGCCCCUCAUCCAACCAACUCCCUCCUCCUCGCCUAUCAAGUCCGAACCCGCACGAUUCUCCUAGCAGGCGGCGGACCCGUCGCCGCAUCCCGACUCUACCAUCUCCUCUGCGCGCGGCCGAAGAAGCUCGUCCUCUUCGCACCGGACAACGAGGAUAUCGACGACGAGUUUCGAUGGCGCGUCGAGGGCGAGAGCGAGGACGCGAAGAAGGGCAGAGAAGGUAUCGAGAUUGAGUGGCGGAAGCAGGAGUUUGACCCGACGCAGAACAAGGAGGAUCUCGCAUUGCUCGACGGAGACGAGAUCGACAUGGUCCUCACCGCUAUCCCGAACCCGACUCUCUCGACCAAGAUCUGCCGACUAUGCAGAGCUCGCCGCAUCCCCGUCAACGUCGCCGAUGUCCCUCCUGAAUGCGACUUCUACUUCGGCUCGGUCCUUCGACGAGGAAGCCUCGGCGUCAUGGUCUCGACGCAGGGCAAGGGUCCGCGAGUCGCAGCUCGCAUUCGACGAAAACUCGAGCGUGCGAUACCGGAGAACGCGGGCGAGGCGAUUGAGAAUGUCGGACAGCUGAGGAAGGGUUUGAGGGAGAUCGAGAAAGGGACGGGCAAGGAGGCGAUCGAGCGACGAAUGGGCUGGAUGAUCCGGGUGUCGGACAAGUGGAGCUUGGCGCAGCUCGGCGAGAUGGACGAGCGGAUGCGGAACGAGGUGUUGGCGGGAUGGGAGAAGGAUGAGGCGAGAGGGUACUGGGACGUCAAUCGCGGCAAGUACGGCGGACUUGGCUGGCUGGCGAGUUUCGCGAGUCGGCUUGGCGUCGGUACAUGCCCUGUCGUCAAGGAUCCGGACGGCAGCGCAGCCAAGUGCCCCUUCGUGAUGGGCUCGACCGGUUUCGUCCUGGGCGCGGCAACGGCAGGAGCAGUGGCGGCCUUCUGGAUGCGGCGGCAGUAA